GUUUCAGGGGCGUGGCGGGCCGAGGGGCGGGGUCGCAGCAAGGCCCCUCCUCUCCCCUCCCUGGGUCUCUCAUAAAGUCUGAGCCCUGCUCGGCUGAGGCCUGUCUGCAGAAUCCGCACCAACAGGCACCAUGCCCAUGAUCCUGGGGUACUGGGACAUCCGCGGGCUGGCCCACGCCAUCCGCCUGCUCCUGGAAUACACAGACUCAAACUACGAGGAAAAGAAGUACCUGAUGGGACAUGCUCCUGACUAUGACAGAAGCCAGUGGCUGAAUGAAAAAUUCAAGCUGGGCCUGGACUUUCCCAAUCUGCCCUACUUGAUUGAUGGGACUUACAAGAUCACCCAGAGCAACGCCAUCCUGCGCUACAUUGCCCGCAAGCACAACCUGUGUGGGGAGACAGAAGAGGAGAAGAUUCGUGUGGACAUUUUGGAGAACCAGCUUAUGGACAACCGCAUGGAGCUGGCCAGACUCUGCUUUGACCCAAAUUUUGAGAAACUGAAGCCAAGGUACUUAGAGCAACUCCCUGAAAAGCUAAAGCUCUACUCACAGUUUCUGGGGAAGCGGCCAUGGUUUGCAGGAGACAAGAUCACCUUUGUGGAUUUCCUCGCCUAUGAUGUCCUUGACAUGAAGCGUAUAUUUGAGCCCAGCUGCCUGGACUCCUUCCCAAACCUGAAGGACUUCAUCUCCCGCUUUGAGGGUUUGAAGAAGAUCUCUGCCUACAUGAAGUCCAGCCGAUUCCACCGAGGUCUUUUGUUCGGAACGACAGCCACGUGGAACAGCACAUAGGGCCCCGUGAUGCCAGAAGAUGGGAGGGAAGAGCGGACCCUGCUGCCUGCGACCCUGGAGAACAGCCCGACUCCCUGGACCCGCCUUCUUUCUUUCUCCUUCUUUCUACUCUCUUCUCUUCCCCAAGGCCUCAUUGGCUUCCUUUCUUCUAACAUCAUCCCUCCCUGCAUCAAGGCUCUUUAAAGCUUCAGCUCCCCACUGUCUUCCAUCAAAGUCCCCCUCCUACCAUCUUUCUUUUCCUGCACUAACGCCAACCUGACUGCUUUUCCUAUCAGUGCUUGUCUCUUCUUUGAGAAGCCAGACUGAUCUCUGAGCUCCCUAGCACUGUCCUCAAAGACCAUCCGCAUGCCCUGCUCCCUUUGCUAGGUCCCUACCCCAGCCCUGUGUGAUGCCCAGUAAAGCCUGAACCAUGCCUGCC